ACUAUGUAUAGCAUCAUGUUUCCAUAAAAUAGAAAACAGAAAACCAAAGGUAUUCUUCUUUCUACCAGCAAUUUGUCACUCAGUGGGGGAAAAUGAGCGGAAGACUAAAGUCGAGAAGGGGUGCCAGGUUCCUUAGAGGUCACUUGGAAGAAGCCAGCAGUAGUUCCAGUAGCAAUGCUAUGCUCUCAGAGCUCGGAAACCCUGACUCCCACAGGUUAACUCGAUCAUGGAGGAUUCUCAUAAGUAUGGUGUUUAUAUCGACUUUUCUUCUUAUGGGGCUUAGAAAUCACAUGUGGCUUAAACAAACAGAGUUUCCUCAGAAAUCCAGAUCAUUUUAUUCUGUAAUUGCGGAGUAUGGUUCAAGGCUUUAUAAUUACCAGGCCAGACUUCGAAUGCCGAAAGAGCAAGUGGAACUUUUAAAGAAGGAAAGCCAGACAUUGGAGAACAACUUUCGUGAAAUUCUAUUUUUAAUUGAACAAAUAGAUGUUCUGAAGGCACUGCUUAGAGAUGUGCAGGAUGGCCUGCACAGUUACACCUGGAACACCGACGGAGACCCGACCGAGGUUCAGAACCACACAGGGGAAAUGUCAAAUUUGGUUAAUUAUGUACUUAAAAAGUUGAGAGAAGACCAAGUCCAGAUGGCUGAUUAUGCCCUUAAGUCAGCAGGAGCCUCCAUCAUUGAAGCUGGGACCUCAGAAAGUUACAAAAAUAAUAAAGCAAAACUAUACUGGCAUGGGAUUGGAUUCUUAAAUUAUGAAAUGCCUCCGGAUAUUAUUCUUCAGCCGGAUGUCCACCCUGGAAAGUGCUGGGCCUUUCCAGGUUCCCAGGGUCAUGCUCUAAUCAAGCUUGCCAGGAAGAUCAUCCCAACUGCUGUUACCAUGGAGCACAUCUCAGAGAAGGUAUCUCCCUCAGGAGACAUCUCCAGUGCACCCAAGGAAUUUUCUGUCUAUGGCAUCUCGAAACAAUGUGAAGGAGAAGAAAUUUUCCUAGGUCAGUUUGUAUAUAACAGAACAGGAACCACUGUUCAAACAUUUGAGCUCCAGCAUGAAGUUUCUGCAUCUUUAUUGUGUGUGAAACUUAAAAUCCUCAGCAACUGGGGACACCUGAAGUAUACUUGUCUAUAUAGAUUCAGGGUCCAUGGUACCCCAGAAGAUCACACCUAGAGAGCUGGUAUAGAAGGCCAUGACCACGGGUCCAGAAUAUUCAAGUAUUCUUAUUCCAUUAGAUUUACCGCACCCAUGGGAAUCGAAAAUUAAGAGUGGGAGGGAAACCUUACAGUGGUUCAUACUUGCCAGUAAAAAAUGAAUGAAUUUUACUAAUAAAAAAUAGGAAAGUGAAUUCAACCUCCUUGUGGUAGUUUACCUUCUGAGGAUGAAUCAUCUUGCUGGAGCAUUUAAAAGUGAAUUUGUAUUUAGAAGAAGAUGGUGUUAUUCACCAGUCUUUCUCAUAAUAGCAUCUUUGUUUUUAUUUAUUCAUUCAUCCAUACCAUGUAUGGAUGUCCACUGUUACCACUAUUAUUUAACCCUGAUCUGGAGGCACUGGUCAAUGUGAUUAAAUAAGCAAAAGAACUUAGAGGUAAAAAUUAAGGAAGUUUGACCAUGACUAUUUGCAGAUGAUUAGAUGAAUUCUUUGAAAUGCAGUAAAGUCAAUUAAAAUAUACAUUACAAACAAGGAGAAACUGCAGCAAGUUAGUGGAUACAAAAUUAUCACAUAUAAAUCAACAUCAUUCAUAAAUACAAACAACAACCAGUUAGAGGAUAUAAUUUACAAAAGCCACAACAAAGAUAUAAAAAAUCAAAUAUAAGAAUUAAGCUACCUGUAUGAAGAGAUGCCCAAACAACAUGGAUGACUAAAAGAAGACUUCAAUUAAUGGAAAGACAUAACUUAUUUAUGGAUACCAAAACUCCACUAUCAAGACAUCAAUUCUCUGUAAGUUAAUCUACAAAUUCAAUUUGAUCUCAAUUAAA